AUGGCGGAGAUACCACCAACCCCCGAGUAUGACCCGUCGGAUCCCAAGGGCGGCGACCCUACCCUGGUCAAUGUCAACGCCAUCUACACGGGCCUGGAGUUCCACUACGUCUGGCUGAUGGUCUGCGCCUGUCUCGUCUUCAUGAUCAUCCCGGGCAUCGGUCUGCUCUACGGCGGCCUCGCGCGGCGCAAGUCGUCGCUGUCGCUGCUCUUCCAGUCGUUCAUGGUCAUGGGCGUGACGACGUUCCAGUGGAUGUUCUGGGGCUACUCGCUGGCGUACAGCCGCACGGCGGGCCCCUUCAUCGGCGACCUCAAGAACUUCGGCCUGAUGAACGUGCAGGUGGCGCCGUCGCCCGGGUCGGCGCUGCUGCCCGAGAUCGUCUUCUGCCUGUACCAGCUGCUCUUCUGCGCGUGCACCGUGCAGAUCGUCAUCGGCGGCGCCUUCGAGCGCGGCCGCAUCGUCCCCUCGCUCAUCUUCUCGUUCCUGUGGGCCACCGUCGUCUACUGCCCCAUCGCCUGCUGGACCUGGAACGCCAACGGCUGGCUGUACAACCUGCCCUCGCUCGACUUCGCCGGCGGCGGCCCCGUCCACAUCGCCUCGGGCUGGUCCGCCCUGGCCUACGCCUUCGUGCUGGGCAAGAGGAAGCACGCCGGCGAGGCCUCGCACGGCAAGCCGCACAACACCACGCUCGUCUUCCUGGGCACCGUGCUCAUCUGGUUCGGAUGGUUUGGCUUCAACGGCGGGUCGGCGCUCAACGCGUCGGUGCGCUCCAUGUACGUCUGCUUCAACACCAACACCGCCGCAUGCUUCGGCGUGCUGGGCUGGGUGAUGGUCGACUACGUCAAGCACAAAGGCAAGUUCUCCGUCGUGGGCGCGUGCUCUGGCGCCAUCGCCGGCCUGGUCGGCAUCACGCCCGCGGCGGGCUUCGUCUCGCUCUGGAUCGCCGCCGUCAUCGGCUUCCUCACCGGCGCCGCCUGCUCGGCGGUGCAGAACGUCGACCGCUGGCUGCACAUCGACGAGGGCAUGGACGUCUUCAAGCUGCACGGCAUCGGCGGCAUGAUCGGCUCCUUCCUCACCGGCAUCUUCGCCCAGACCUGGGUCGCCUCGCUCGACGGCCUCGGCACAGAGGCCGCCGGCGCCAUGGACGGCGAGGGCGUCCAGGUCGGCCGCCAGCUCGCCGAGAUCUGCGCCAUUUCGGCUUACUCGUUCGUCGUCUCCUGCAUCCUGCUCUACAUCCUCAAGUUCAUCCCCGGCAUGCACCUGCGCGUCAGCGAGGAGGCCGAGAUGAUCGGCCUCGACAUCGACCAGUUCUUCGACGAGCAGAUUGGGGAUUGGACCCUGCUCGAGCACGUCCAGAUUGCCCACGGCCAGCCUGCCCCCGCCGCCGUGAGUGGUUCCAGCAGCCAGAAGCAGAGCGAGGACGGCAAGGAGGCGAAGGAGGCUUAG